AUGAGUUUCGAAGACGCGGUCUGCAAGCUCGCUGCCGACAUAGCGGCCGCCUCGCCGGCGCUGGUGAAGAAGGCCGUGGACGCACUGGCGCGCAGCAGCCGUGCCUGCGCCGCUGCUGAUGCCUUUAUCCACCUGUUCCUGGGCACGUUCUAUGUGAUCGUCGCGCUAAUUUUCUUCGACACGGUCGCGGUCCGAGUCUGCGGCGGCGACUACGCGGUGAGAUCCGUCCUGUCCGAGAUCGCGGGAUGCAUCUUUAUAGCCUCCCUGUUUCUUUCAGCGCCAGCAUUCCUGCUCUUCUUCCUGCGCGCAGCAGGCAGCAGCAGCGAGCUGGCGGAGGGCCUCCUCAUGAAGAAUUUCGAUGAGCGGUUUUCUAGUGCCUCUGAAAGCCCUACGUCGCGGCUAGGCAGGGCAGCUGCACGGCUUUUUGCUUGGUCAUUUUGGUUGGGAUUCAUCUCGUGGAGUCUUCAGCUGUGUGGACUAUUUCCAGAGAUUUGUGACCUUCUUGACGACGCGUCUAAUCUGGGCAUCUGGUCAUGUUUCGCUCUCAUCUAUUUGCGUGCUGGAAUAGCGCUGCGGAGGAUGAAUCCCAGGCCCAGUGACAUCAUCGUGGCAGAGGCAGAUCACGCGGCUUCACCUACUCAGGAUUUCGAGCUGGCUGCAGCAACAAGGUGA